CCUUGUGCAGCUGGAUGCACAGCCAUGUGAGGGGCCAUGGCACCAUCGGGCAUUUCUGCCAGACGGUUUGCGUUGGACAGGAUGGAUCCUUCAAAGCUUGUCAGUUAUCAAGUUACCAGUCAGCUUUUGCUGCAUCCUCAAGAAUUAUAUUGUUUCGCGCGCUCUCCCUCUCUGUGUCUCUCUGCUCCCAUUCUCCCCCUUGCAAAUCAUUAGGGCUUAUAAAAGCCAUUGCCAUAGAACAGCAGGUUCGUGGAGUUCCGCCAAUUUGUGGAAAUCAGAGCCUCCAUUUAGCGGCAUCCUUUUCUGAUUGUUGGUCACCUUUCUGUACAAGAAGUAGCUUCAUGUUUCUCCCAUGUCCACGUGAUUCCAGCUGCGAAGACUAUGUGUUUGAUACGUCGAUCUUCUAGAGUGUUGAUUCUAUUCGCAUCAUCGCAUAUGUUCCUGAUUCUUUGCGUUCUUUCUCGGAACAAGUUGAUUUCUCUUUGAGUUACCGGUGAGGAUCGGUGUUCGAGUGACGCGCUCGUAGCUCCAAUAGUAGGGGAGAGUUUGUUUUGCAAUGUUCCACUUGGUAUCUCUAAUUUUCUGCAAAUGUCUGACCGUUUGCAGUUAGAGCUAAGGUUUUAACCGGCUGUGAUUGAUUGUGAACGUGAUUUAGCUCUGGAUGCUUUAAAUAUACAUGAAGCCUGGUAGAGUUUGCGUUGUAUGAUUUAACAGCGGUGAUAAGAGUUGUCCAGAGCCAUUUUGGAGAGGCAUCAUGACACUAGAGGAAGCAAUGCAGGGGAUGAAGAACCCAUCGAGAAAGAAGAAAUUAGGAGGAUGCAUUAUUCUUGGAUGUAUCAUACUCAUAAUUGUUCUUGCGGUUGUAAUCUCCCAAGUGACCAAGAAGGGGAAGCAAAACGUUAAUGGGUUUGACAAAGAUUUUAGCAUUACUUGGGCAAAGAACCACACACGAAUCUCACACCAUGGAGAGAGACUCGAGCUCAUCCUUGACGCGGAAUCUGGUUCGGGAUUCAAAUCAAACGAUUUGUUUCUAUUUGGGAGCAUUAAAAUGGACAUCAAGCUCGUACCGGCUGACUCUGCAGGCACAGUCACUGCAUACUAUCUAUAUUCGCCAACGGAUCAUCACGACGAGCUUGACUUCGAGUUUUUAGGAAAUUCAUCUGGUCAGCCUUACAUUCUGCAGACGAAUGUCUUUGCCAAUGGCACUGGAGAACGUGAGCAGCGUAUCAAUUUAUGGUUUGAUCCAACCACCGAUUACCACACGUAUGGUGUGUUAUGGAACCGUCGGCAGAUUUUGUUUUUGGUUGACGAUCUCCCGAUCCGGGUCUUCACGAACAAUGAAGAUAUGGGCAUGCCAUUUUUAAAUCAGCAACCGAUGAAUAUCUUUUCCAGUAUUUGGAAUGGGGAUAAAUGGGCAACCCAGGGAGGGAGGGUGAAGAUCGAUUGGACUCACGCCCCUUUCAUCGCUUCAUACCAGAACUAUAACCUCGAUGCAUGUAUUGCUACUGACGCUUAUGCUCCUUGUGCAAUGCCAUCUGCCAACAAAUGGUGGGAUCAAGAAGAGUAUCAAGCACUCUCAGCUGCACAGCAAGAUAAGCUAAGAUGGGUGGAAGAGAACUAUAUGGUGUAUAAUUACUGCACAGAUGUGAAACGGAACCCAACUACUCCAUUUGAGUGUACACGCAACUCGGGAGGCUUUCUUGGGCUUGGCAGCCUCCACUGACCUACGUCGACACAAAUGGGGUACAUCAUCAAGCUUGGUUCAUAAUUCAACCAAUGUCGCACAAUUCGAUUUACGAGCAUGUUAAGCCAAUAUGGGUAAAAUGAGCAUGGGAUGGAAGCCUCUGCCAUUGCAUCAUUCAAAAUAAUGAUCGGGCUCCCUGCCCCUGCUCCCUGCUGCUUGUUACUAAAAUUGUGCAGUCGCCUACAUUCUACGCUUUUCAUUGGAUUUGUUGUCUUAUGCAGGAAAAAACAUUAAUUUAAGUAGAGACCAGGUCAAGACGACGUUCUGUGCACAAGAGUUUUGCCGAACAAGGUAGUUGAGUUAGGGAUAUGAGGUACAAUACAUUUAGUAGCAGGGACUAAAUAGAAGAACCCUCUGCUGGGUAGCUGUGACCAGUACGAGGUUGAGAUGUAGAGGUAACGUAAGUGUAAUUCCUAUGAGAACUAAUCAAAUAAACGUUGACAAAGCGUGAAUAGUCUCUC